UCUGCUGCAGAAGUAAUUGUGGAUAGCAGAUCGUAACAACAGCUACACAGAGACAAUAGAAAUGGAUUCCAAAACUUCAGGACCGACGCGUGGCUGCCCAGCACUUGAAGAUACGCCUUCGGGAUUAGCCAUUUUUAAAACGAUACCAUAUGCCUUAAUCUUGCCAGAGCUGAUCUUUGGCUGCUGGGUUUGGAUCCUUGUAGCAGCUACCACGGUGUAUUUCCCUUUGCUGCAAGGAUGGGUCAUGUACGUCUCGGUCAGCUCCUUUGUCAUCUCCUUUCUGCUUCUCCUGAGUUACUUGUUUGGCUUCCAUAAAAACUUUGAAUCCUGGAGAAUUCUGGACAGUCUUUACCAUGGAGCCACAGGCAUUUUUUACCUGAGCGCUGCUGUGUUGCAGGCAAAUGCAACAAUUCAUUCAGAGACGGAAGUGCCAGCAGACUUUAUCCCUCGCUAUUAUCAGCUCAAUGUUGCAGCCACGUUGUUUGCCUUCAUCACUACACUGCUGUAUAUUUUGCAUGCCUUCAGCAACUACUACCACUGAAAUGACAUGAGCUGGAGUCUGUAUACUCGAACAAAUAGUUAACGUUUAAGAAGAUAAUUCAGUUGCAACGGAAUUCACCUGGCACAAUCUCAUUUUAGGUGAAGCAAACAUGUUUGUUAAAACCUGUAUGAUAGCAUAUUGCUGAGUUCUGUAUGUAAAACUACUCAAUUUACUGUAAUCUGAUCCUUGAUUUCUCAUGCCUGCAAAUUAUCCCAAAUAAUUAUUUUCCCCCCUUAUAUCAAACCUUCCAUAAAUAAUGUACAUAAAAUAGGGGGGAUUUUUGAGCUUUCUGUCUUCAGUGAAUUAUCUUCACAUUUCCUCUUCUGUGAAGGAAUCCUUGUUGGUUUGCUAUAGUAUCUUGCACAUGGCAGUAGAUUCUGAGUUCAUAUUCUGUGGUGGCCAGUUCCCGAUUCACACAAACCCUAAAUGAAAUAGUGUAUAGCAAUGUUUCUCAACAUUGGCAGCUUGGAGAUAUGUGGACUUCAACUGGCUGAGGAUUUCUGGAAGUUGAAGUCCACAUAAUCUUCAAGUUGCCAAGAACGCUGGUGUAUAGUAUAUAUUAUAAUGCUACACAAUUCAGUGUAUGCCUUUAUGUCAUCCAAUCUCUUGUAGUUGCAAGUCACAGGAAAGGUUGUGUAGUGGUUGGCAACUUUGGGUCUGUUUUCUAAUUGAUAAAGCUUCCAGAGAAUUUCAGAUUCCUCUACAACACUGCUUGAAAAUUAUUUCCCAUUUGGAUGCAACAAAUCAUUUAUUAAGGCUAUGGCAAAUAAUCUGUUGCCUCCAAAUGGCCUGGGGAAUAAUUAUCAAGAUGUCUGGGAAGAGAAAUUCACACACAUUAUGGUAGCUGUGAUAUAUAUGAUUUUUAUUUCAUUAACUUUAUGUGUGAUUUCUAUCUUAAGUAAGCAUGUAGCUAAAGUGGCAACAUCAUACAAAAUACCAUCUGUUUACUUAUUGGGGUGCACAUUCACACAAAAAAAGCAAGAUUCCUCCUGUGAACUGAAGCAGACUCAUCUUGUCCUGAUGUUAACUAAAUCUGAAAAUGCUGUGCAAACAGUAUCCCUUUUGGUAAUGUUAAUAUAUGUAAAAGUAUUCCGCUCUUUGUUAUUACAAUUUAUAGAACGUUUGUUUUGAUGUAGAAACAUGAAGUAACUUAUUGGUAAACUUGCGUUUUUUUAGUUCUGUUUUAUACUGAUGUUUCAGUUAACUUAUCUUUUGCCAAUGAAUAUAACUGACUUUCCUCCUUUGCCCAAAUCA